AUGACUACCAUUAACACAGGAAACGUUAACUUCAAGUGGGAUCCCAAAAGCCUCGAGAUAAGAACGCUGGCAGUGGAGAGAUUGUUAGAACCUCUUGUUACACAGGUUACAACACUCGUCAAUACUAGUAACAAGGGUCCUUCCAACAAAAAAAGGGGCCGUUCUAAAAAGGCACAUGUUUUAGCUGCAUCAGUUGAGCAAGCCACAGAGAACUUCUUGGAGAAAGGAGAUAAAAUUGCAAAAGAGAGCCAGUUUCUUAAAGAAGAGUUGGUGGCUGCUGUGGAAGAUGUCCGCAAACAAGGAGACUUAAUGAAGAGUGCCUCAGGAGAAUUUGCUGAUGACCCAUGUUCAUCUGUGAAACGAGGGAACAUGGUGAGAGCAGCCCGUGCCCUCUUGUCAGCAGUUACCCGGCUGCUUAUUUUGGCUGACAUGGCUGAUGUGUACAAGCUACUCGUUCAGCUAAAAGUUGUAGAAGAAGGCAUCCUGAAACUCAGAAACGCUGGUACUGAACAGGAUUUAGGAAUACAGUACAAAGCCCUUAAACCAGAGGUGGAUAAACUUAAUAUAAUGGCAGGCAAGAGACAGCAGGAAUUAAAAGAUAUAGGUCAUCGUGAUCAGAUGGCUGCAGCCAGAGGAAUUCUCCAGAAAAACAUUCCUAUACUGUACACCGCUUCUCAAGCAUGUCUGCAACAUCCCGAUGUAGCCGCUUACAAAGCCAACAGGGACUUGAUCUAUAAGCAAUUGCAGCAGGCAGUUACAGGAAUCUCUAAUGCAGCCCAAGCAACAGCUUCUGAGGACUCGGUUCAGUCGCAUGGUGGUAGGGGUUCAGCAGCAAGUGGUGGGGGAGAGUUGGCUUAUGCACUUAACAACUUUGAUAAACAAAUUAUUGUGGAUCCUUUGAACUUCAGUGAGGAGCGUUUUAGGCCUUCCCUGGAAGAGCGCCUGGAGAGCAUCAUUAGCGGUGCAGCCCUGAUGGCUGAUUCAUCUUGCACACGUGAUGACCGACGGGAGCGCAUAGUUGCAGAGUGUAAUGCUGUGCGACAAGCCUUGCAAGAUCUCCUUUCAGAAUACAUGGGAAAUGCUGGCCGCAAGGAAAGAAGUGAUGCUUUAAAUUCUGCCAUAGACAAAAUGACAAAAAAGACAAGAGAUCUCCGUAGACAGCUCCGCAAAGCUGUUAUGGACCACGUUUCAGAUUCCUUUCUGGAAACAAAUGUACCACUUCUAGUUUUGAUUGAAGCCGCCAAGAAUGGGAAUGAGAAAGAAGUCAAGGAAUACGCACAAGUUUUCCGUGAACAUGCCAACAAGCUGAUUGAGGUUGCCAACUUGGCCUGUUCCAUCUCAAAUAACGAAGAAGGUGUGAAAUUAGUUCACAUGUCAGCAAGCCAGCUUGAAGCACUCUGUCCUCAGGUAAUUAAUGCAGCAUUAGCUUUGGCUGCCAAGCCACAAAGCAAACUAGCUCAAGAAAACAUGGAGAUGUUUAAAGAGCAGUGGGAAAAGCAAGUCCGUGUGCUGACAGAUGCAGUGGAUGACAUCACUUCCAUUGAUGACUUCCUGGCAGUAUCAGAGAAUCAUAUUCUGGAAGAUGUAAACAAGUGUGUCAUUGCUCUUCAAGAAAAAGAUGUUGAUGGCUUAGAUCGCACUGCCGGCGCAAUUCGUGGCCGUGCAGCCAGGGUAAUUCAUGUUGUCACUUCUGAAAUGGAUAAUUAUGAACCCGGAGUCUACACAGAAAAGGUUCUAGAAGCAACAAAACUGCUGUCAAACACAGUGAUGCCACGUUUUACUGAACAAGUAGAAGCUGCUGUGGAGGCGCUGAGUUCCGACCCUGCUCAGCCAAUGGAUGAAAAUGAAUUUAUUGAUGCUUCUCGGUUGGUGUAUGAUGGAAUUCGUGACAUCAGAAAAGCUGUAUUAAUGAUUAGAACUCCUGAAGAACUGGAUGACUCGGACUUUGAGACAGAAGACUUUGAUGUUCGAAGCAGAACAAGCGUUCAGACUGAAGAUGAUCAACUUAUUGCUGGCCAAAGUGCAAGAGCUAUCAUGGCUCAGCUCCCUCAAGAGCAGAAAGCAAAAAUUGCCGAACAAGUAGCCAGUUUCCAGGAAGAAAAGAGUAAAUUAGACGCAGAGGUGUCCAAAUGGGAUGACAGUGGUAAUGACAUCAUUGUUCUGGCAAAACAAAUGUGCAUGAUUAUGAUGGAAAUGACAGACUUCACCAGAGGUAAAGGGCCGUUAAAGAAUACAUCUGAUGUUAUUAGUGCAGCAAAAAAAAUUGCAGAAGCUGGGUCAAGAAUGGACAAGCUGGGACGGACAAUUGCUGAUCAUUGUCCAGAUUCUGCUUGCAAACAGGACCUGCUAGCUUACCUACAGCGUAUUGCUUUGUAUUGCCAUCAGCUGAACAUUUGCAGCAAAGUGAAGGCAGAAGUGCAGAACCUCGGUGGAGAACUGGUUGUGUCCGGGGUGGAUAGUGCCAUGUCGUUGAUUCAAGCAGCAAAGAACCUGAUGAAUGCUGUGGUACAAACGGUGAAGGCUUCCUAUGUGGCGUCCACAAAGUACCAGAAGUCCCAAGGGAUGGCAUCCCUGAACCUUCCAGCAGUGUCUUGGAAGAUGAAGGCGCCUGAGAAGAAGCCGCUAGUCAAGCGCGAGAAGCAAGACGAAACACAGACCAAAAUCAAGCGGGCCUCUCAGAAGAAGCACGUGAACCCGGUCCAGGCACUCAGUGAAUUCAAAGCAAUGGAGAGCAUUUAAACAGAGGACUCUGGCUUGCUCCUCUCUGAGUUUCUUCCAAUAUUCUAUGCGUUACGUUAACAUGAAUUUACUUAAAUAUUUUGAUAAAAUCAUUUAGGGUAAAACGGGGAGGGUAAAUCAGAUCUGUGAAGCAUGACAGUACAGCUUUUAAGUCCACAGACAUGUUAAUUUUAGUAUGAAGAUGCAGUUUAAAUCUGUCACUUUUUUCUAGCUGACUUUUAAAGUAACAAAUCCUGCUUUAAAUUUUACCGUGUAACCAAAGAUGAGUUUACGGCACCGUUAAAUAAUUUGCGUAGCUGGAUCAUGUCAUUCCUUUCAAAGGAAGCCUAGUAAGGCAAAUCUUCUCAACUUGAAAAUAAAUGGAACACAUGGAGGGGGGGGUUAUUCAAGUAUAUUACGUGCUUUGGGGUGGGUAGAGUGGUAAGCUUUUGUAUGUCAAAACGACCAUCAAAAUGGAAAAACACUAGUUGCUGUUUACAACACUAAGUCGGCUGUAGAAAGAACGAUUUGACAAAGUAAUAUACUGUAGCAUUCCUGUUUUUAAUUUAAGCAAUCUUGCCUUCGUUGUUUGAAACUGAACACACUGAUGCAUUUGUCUGAACGGCUGGAUUCCAGGUUACCUCCCAAGGGUGUGCAAAUUAGAGCUAUGUAGCCGAGAGAGGCCGGCCAUGUGCCUGCUGCUCUUGCACUUCGAACGUUCCUCGGGCUUUACCGGUCAGCCACUCUGUAAGGGUUCCUGUGGGUGCCCGUGGGAAGGCAGCACAAAAGAGGGUGGGAUGAGUGGUGCACCAUGAAGGGAGCUGAUUACUGCUCUCGAACCUGCGAAAAUUUUAAUGCUCGGUUAGACUCCUGGUGUACUUGGGCCACAGUAAGCGCUGCUUGUGCCAGCCAGUGUGUUUGUGCUGGAAGUGGCUGCAGGUUUCCCGCCCUCUGCAUUCAAAUGCAAAUUCAUCAUUGUGUUCUUCUGAAAAAAAUCUGCUUUGUAUCCUGCCUUAGGUUUUACAAGAAUCUUAGCAAAUAGUGUUUAUUCAGACUGCAAUUUAGGCAACAUCAUUUGUGAUAACUGGAGCUUCGCGGCAUAAUUUUGCUGUUUUAAAUUUUAUGGAUUUCUGUUUUUAUACCUUUUCUUUUCCCAAUAAAGUCCAAUAUAAGA